AUGGCUCCAGACGCGCGCGCUACGAUCUACGUUAUUAUAAACGCGUCCCCAGGCAUAGCAGGACGACCAGACACGCCUGUUGUUCAGGGCCCACAGCACCGCUCUCAACCGCACCAUCCCCAGAAGUAUGGCCCUCCUUUGCUGAAGCUUCUCUCUUGCGCCUUCCCUUGUCUUCCCCUACCUGCCGAAUCUCCCCUUUCUUGCACCCAGCUCUCCCUUCUCCCAUCGCCUACACUAUCGGUCUCCUUCCCCCCAUGUGCUCUCUUCUUCUUCCCUCCUGCCCUCCCGUACGGACUGGCGGGAGUGCUGCUGCUUGCACCUCCCGCAACCCCACAUGCUGACCCCGCCACUAGCGUCUCUGGCAUCAAUGAUACCUUAGCUGCCACUCAUAGUGCUGCUGCUAGUGGCGGGGAUGGAAGUAGGGGGGACAGGGGAAGCAGGCAAGCGCUCAGGGCAGGGCAGGGAAAGGGGCGGAGCGGAGGGCGUGGGAGUGGAUGUGUGAGGAGGUGGCGAGGAGGCCCGGGCAGAUCAGCAUGGUGCAGCUGGGAGGGACCCAUGACCAACCUCGCCCGGCAUCAACAUUAUCAGACCUGGGCAGGCAGAUGCUUCAGCAUUCCUGGACUCACCACAUGCUUCACUCCAUCACUCCAGAACUUCACCAACUCAUUCCUCUCUCAGGAUCGUCAGCUCUGUUGCAGACCCACUGGGGAAUAUGCACUGCAUAAGCUGAAGGCACGGCAUGUCGUGACACAGUGA